AUGGCAAACGCUAAAGAGAAAAGAUGGUUUUUAUUCAACGUUUCUGAGGAGCAGCGGCAACUCCAGCGCCAAGUUUGCUCCCAGUACGCUGCUAUCGGACACUGGACCUCAAUAGCGCCAGUUUUGGCAGUUCUACUGCUCAUAUUUCUUCAGCACAUUUACCACCUGAGGCAAGGUUCCCACAUUGUACAAAUCAGCAACAAAGGCACCAAGAGCUCCGCGCCGUCAGUAGAAACCCCGCAAAAUAAUAGAAAUAGGGUCACCCGCAGCGCAGUUGCUACCUUGUGGCAAAAGCUAUGUUGGUGGAUGGGAGAUGAGAUUUAUCUGUUCGGCAAAAGUCUUGGAAAACGAGACGAGUGGAUUUUGGGAGUGAUUUGGUUUUCCUGGUUGAUGCUACUUUGUGUGGUGGGCAAGAGCGAUGAACCAUUCCAGCUCUCACGGCUGCGCCAAGACAUAUUAGAUAUCCCAAAGAAACACUUCCUGGCUUUUCCCGACAACGAGGCUUUACAUCUUGCCAAUAGAUUCGGCAUGGUAGCCGCCUCACAGAUGCCUAUAUUGGCCUUGUUGAGGUCCAAUAUUGGUUGUUUGCCGUGGUGUUUUUGGUGGCCUCGAUUGCAACCCCAUCGAUAUUAUAGUUUUUUGACUAUUGCUACUUGCACAUUGUACAUUGUUCACAUUCUUGUUACAAUGUCGCGGUUUCAGUUUGAGCGGUUACUAGAUGUCUUGAGAAUACCUUUAUGGGGUUUGUUCUUCAUAUACCUUGGCGUUGUGUGCACUUACAGUCUAUUACGCCGCCGCAAGAGCCGCCUAAUGGACUGGACUGGACUAGUUGUACGAAUUUCACUCGUCCUCCUGAUGGUGUAUCACGCACCUGCUCUAAGAAUAUACUUCUGGGAGACUCUCCUGAUCUCUAUCAUUGCUACGGGAGCUAAAACGGAAAUACGGGUUACUCGCUCUGAAUCGUUCGUGACGACCCCGCCGCCUGAAACUCAGGCAUCUCAGGAUGCUCUGCACGAGCAGUUCGUCUGGCUAAAGCGAUACUAUGAUGUUGCCGGUGUCAAGUCCGAUUCGAGCGAGCUCGAUAGCGAAAACAACGGUUCAAUAGAGACGCCAUAUACUUUGAGAUUGACAAUCCAAACGAGAUGGGCCGUAUUCGCCGCUUUUUCAAGGUUCUUUUCCGUAUCAUUGUCAACUAUGGGAGUUGCGUCUGGUCCCCUUGUCCUGAAUAAAGAUGAAAUACUUGUUGCGCAAUUUGCUGCAAAACGUGCGGCACCUCGAAAUGAAAUACUGUCAGUGUCGUUCGAAGGAAAAUAUAACAUCACAUCGGGCCUGCUACAUGUAAUUGCUAGAUAUCAGACAACCCGGAUACUUCUCAUUGGUGGUGGACCGGCAGGUUACCUCGCGUACCCAGUGUACCACGACAUAUGUCGACACAACCCAUCUGCUAAUAUUCAACUUCUCUGGGUGAAUAUACCCCAGACUGAUGAUGGGCUUGCGCAGAAUUCUGUAUUACCAUUUGAACCAAUGCAGAUGAGACAAGAAGAAAUCAGCCUUUACGCUGUAUUAACUCUAGCCAAUGAUGACUGCGAUUCUCAUCUAAAGAAAACUAUUGACGAUACCUUGCAACAAAGCCUUGACGAAGACCUAAUGGUGUUGGUAUUAGGACCCGAGCAAUUAACGAAAGAGACAAGAACGUAUCUUAGACCAUGGGCUAUGAGAGGGCACAAAAUUCACCUACUACAUCAUACUUUCAAGCUUGGGGCUCUCAAGUUUGGAGAGGUGUAA